AGGUAUGCCACAAAUAGCCUGGCGAGAGCCUCCCGAUUCCUCUUAUCAGUGACAGUGACGCGAAUUCCUUAUUGUCGGCCGUCCAUUAUAAAGGAAGUCCAGAGGUUGGAAGUCCACAUGUUCAACGGGCAGCAUGAAGAGCCUGCGGUGCCCAACGUUUCUUCUUCUGGCCUGCUGUCUUCGGGAGCUGCUGGCAGCCCAUGGAGACCACUGCAGCCUGGCUGAGGAGCUCCUCUGCGAUUUCGAGUGCAACUGUCCAGGCGACUGCUGGGACGAGCAGAACUGUGGACACCACAAGGACUUCACUUGCAACUUUGAAGAGGACUCGUGUGGCUGGACUGACCGCUCCCUGCCUACUUACAGCUGGAGGCGACAACAGGGUGGUACGACGGCUCGGCUUGGUGGACCCACCGCUGACCACACGCUGGGCACCAGCCUCGGCUGGUGUAUGUCUGUCGGCCUGACUCUGGACCCCUCUGGGACGCCAGCCAUUCUGGCCUCCCCCUCAGUCGGACCCGUGGCCGCCAGCUGUGAGGUGCGCUUCUGGUACCAGCUACGUGUAGCCCAGUCAGGUGCCAGUGGGCACGUUGCUGUGUCUGCCUUCAUCACGUCUGCCUCCGGGCGCCUGUUGGUGUGGCGCGCUACAGCUGAGGACACCCAGGGCUGGCGCCAAGCCUCCAUCUCAACUGGGCACAUCUCCUCCAAGUUCCAGAUCUUAUUCCAGGCCGGUUCAGGUCUCCCCACGCUGGUGGACGUUGCUCUCGAUGACAUUUCGUUCCACCGCUGCUUGUUUCCAGAGCGCCAGGCCCAGUGCUCAGCUGAGCAGGUCUCCUGUCCCCAGGGUGGCUGUGUUGACAGAUGGCGGCUGUGUGACGGCACGGUGGACUGCAGAGAUGGAAGCGAUGAAGCAGCAGAGCUGUGUGUCAACUACACAAAGUGUGACAUGGAGUUGGGCUCCUGCGGCUGGCUGCUGGACGGCUGGGAGCGCACCAGUCAGGCGCUGCUGGGCACAUUGGCAUCACCCCACGGCCCCGGCCGUGAUCACAGCUGGAACAAUGACUUGGGCCACUUCCUGUUCCUUGGUUCAAAGCAUCAUGGCAAAGGGCAGCGGGCACGUCUGACGAGUCCGGUCCUGUUGCCCAGUGCAGUGGCUGAGCCCUGUCAGCUCAUCUUUUACUACCACCUGUUUGGACCCCGGGCCGCUGCUCUCAACGUCUUCUAUCGCACACGGACCCCGGGAGAGCUCACCAGAGUGACCAGAGUGGUGGGGCAGCGAGGGGACCGCUGGGUUCGCGAGGAAGCCCACUUUGCAGUGAAUGCCUCUUUCCAGAUCGUACUAGAGGGGGUCUUGGGGGAUGGGCCAUUUGGAGACGUGGCACUAGAUGACCUGGAACUGUCACCUGGCUGCAGACCCUCCAGUGUCUGUCUGCCCGAAGGACCUGAGCCCACUGUGCCCCCCGCAGCCUGCAGGGCCGAUGAGUUCAGCUGUGCAGAUGGACUUUGCAUCCCACAGAGUGAAGUGUGUGACUUCCAGAGGGACUGCGGGGACACAUCUGAUGAGACCCCGUGUGGCACGCAGAGCUUUAUGGCCCAGGGUGAUAGCUGGAUGGACCGCAGCAGUGGACGACUCAAGUGGACAGUCAAGGAGGGAGGUGGUCCUUCAGAGCGUCCCUUCUUGACCAUCUCCACUGCUCGAGGUCACCUCUUCACUGAAGCCAUCGUCGUCAGCCCCCUCUUAGGUCCCUCAGGUCCCGCCUGCUCCAUGCACUUUGAAUAUUUGCUGUCCAGCACGGUGACCCAUGCAGGGCUGCUGUCGCUGAGUGUGUGGCAUGAAGGCCUGCCACCCAGGGACGCUGUUUGGCAUGGUGGGCCUGCCUCAGGUCAGUGGCGUAAUGCCACGGCCUUGCUUGGAGCCAGAGAACGCGGUUUUCAGCUGGCAUUUGCAGGCUACGCUAUGGAGGGCCAGGACAUUGGAGUGGCCGGUGUCACCUUCCUGCAUUGCGGAGUGGACUACAGGCCAGAGGAGGCCCAAGGGGUGUCGUGCAACUUUGACAGAGGACUUUGUGGGUGGUACCAGGACCAGAAUGACGGCCUGGACUGGACACUGGAUGGCCGGCAGGGAUUGGACCACACCAGCGGCACAGGUCACUCCCUGUCGGUGUCCCUGUCCUCUCCGAUUUGGAGUGGGACUUUGAGCCGCCUCCUCACGUACCCGCAGCCCGCUUCUUCUGCCACCCUGUGCCUGUCUUUCUGGUACCUGCUGCGAGGAGCUCAGACAGGGACGCUGAGCCUGAAGAUGAAGCUCCUGGGUGACGCUGUGGAGACCCUGCUGUGGACCGAGACACGUUCCAAUGGAGACGAGUGGCAGCGUGGCAUCUCGACCAUUGACCCUUGGGGUCAGGAAUUUCAGCUGAUCUUCGAGGUGACCCGUGACGGCUUUGAGGGGGACGCUGCAGUGGAUGACGUCACCCUCGUGUCCAGGCCCUGCCCUGCCCAGCUCAGUUGCUCCUUUGAGGUGGACACCUGUGGCUACAGCACCGAUGGAGGGGCCCGCUGGGUCCGGCAGAGCCAUCGUUCUGGAGCCAUCCCGCACGGCCCUACCACUGACCACAGCCUGGAGGAGACCACAGGGUUCUACGCCAUGGCAGACACGAGCCUCAACGUCCUCCAAGGUGGGCAGGCGACUGCCCUCUACUCAGAGGUGAGGAGUCCUUCAGCGGGCAUGGAGUGCCUCUCCUUUUGGUACCUCGCAGGCGGGCACAGCCCAGGAACGCUCAACGUGAUUGUGAGGCAAUCUGAGCGCCAGCUGGAGACGGUCAUCUCAUUGAGUGGUAUGGAGGGUACAGGUUGGCAUCGACAAUGGGCUUCAGUUGAGGCUCAGUCAGACUGGGUGGUUGCGUUUGAGGCCGUAGGCGCUGGAGGGUCCCAGACAUAUAUUGCCAUUGAUGACAUCACAAUCAGGGCGGGACACUGUCCUACUUCAGAUUUUUGUGACUUUGAGAAGGACGCUUGCCGCUGGAGCAACACGUGGAGGCCUGAGUGGGAGCAGUUGGACUGGGAGAGGACAAGUGGCAACAAUGCCCACCAUUGGGGGCCGCUGGAGGACCACUCACUGGGCACGCAGCAAGGUGGCUUCAUGCUGGUGGCGGGUGAUGGGCACGUCUCCGCUGGUCGGACAGCCUGGCUGCUGAGUGACCACCUGCCCCCCACGUUGGCUGCAUGCCUUUGCUUCUGGUACUGGCUGGACAGAGUGGACGCAGUGUAUGAGCGCAAUGAGCUGAGGGUCUCCAUAGUCAGUGCAGGCGAGUGGCUCAGCAGCUGGUAUUUCAAGGAGCCAACGGCAGGGUGGCAUGAGGCUCAGAUCAGCCUGGCCAGCCCACGGGAGUUCCAGAUCGUGCUCGAGGCCACCAGGGCAUUGGGUGCCAUCGCUGUGGAUGACAUCGCAUAUGAGGAUGGCAGAGACUGCCAGCAUAAGCCAGUAGCAGCCAGCAAAGCCUCAGGUGUGCAGGUGGACUUUGUGGUGGCCGUGGUCUUUGAGGUCAUCAUCGUCCUCCUCUUUGUGGUCACUCUGAUUGGCGUCAUUGUCUACUACUGGAGGACACGGCAGCAGUCACCUCAACAGAGCCCCGCUGGCGCGGACCAGCAGACAGGAUUUGAGAACGUCACCUACGACCACCACAACCUGGACACAAUUGAAGUGCCAGUGAUGCCAGUCAGCUUACCAGGAGAAGAGACCAGCACUGUGUGACAGCUGAGUGACACCCAUGUGAUGUUUCCUGCCACCGUCCCUAAAGUUGUGCCAAAUAAGAAUUGUCUGCCAAUAAAGCUGAUGAGGAGAAUGA